AUGAUUUCACUCUUGAGUGGUUAUUUCAACAAUGCACUAAUGAAAGUGGGUCUUGGAUCCUCUUAUGUCCUUAAGUUUAUCUCAUGCAAUGGAUCUUCCACUUCUGGUAAAGAGUUAUCUAGUGCUGCUGGUGCAAAAUCUAAAACUUCAUCCUGUAAACUCUCUUCUUCUUGUUUUUUCCGUGCUCUCAUGGGUGAAUUCUGCCAUGUUGAUGGCUAG